UCUCGGUAUCUCCCGCAUUUACCAUCUACAGCAGUGCUCACCAGUCCGCAGAUAACUUUGCCGUGUAAGCUAAGCGAAAACCAGCGCAGCAACUACUCGGUCAACGCACUCACCAGAAUCAUUUAUGGCUUCAACGUCUGGCGAAGCGGAGGAAUAUGCGUACGAGUCGUCGGAUAUCACAGGUUCGGAUGAAGAUUUGCCGUCGAGCAACUCCAAGAAGGGAAAAGACAAGAAGGGAAACGACAAGAAGGGCAGCAAGAAAAAGGCGGUGGACAGGAGCCAGGCGAUUGUGAAGUGGGCGGGAGGAGAAGCUGCCUCGACGGGCGUGUCGGCCGCCAUGGUUGCUGCUGGAAUCACGACAUUGGUCGCACCCACUGUAGCGGUGAUUGUUCUGGUGGGACACGUCAUCGUCCGAGGAAGCAUCCGAGCGGUCAAAAAGAAGCUCAAGGUUCGAGCGGAGCAGAAGGCGCACCUCGAGCAGCUCAACCUCACGGAAACAACAGCUCGAUCAUCCUCGGGGCAUUUCACGGUGGUGCUGAACGGGGUCGGGCCUAACGGAGAGUUCAACUCCUACGUGUCCCCCAACGACGACGCCUCCUACCGAGCCGUCUCGCCCGGCCACCUCAAGGGCAUCUCGAAGCUCAUCAGCGGCGCCACCAACUGCAACGUGAGGGACAUGGGAGGCUACACGGAGGGGGCGGCCGUGCCCUUCUGCGUCCGCAUCAGCAUGCCGGACGUGCUCGCGCUGAUGCGGCAAUCGUGGGUGUACGAAAGGUUCUGCCAGACCAAGUGCGGGACCAUGACGGUGGUGGUGCUACGGUCGCAGCACAGCCGCGGGAAGGACAAGCUGAGGGUGGCCUGGGAGAACUCCGGCAGCCUGGACUACACCAAGGCCCAGGUGUACACGGAGAGGGAGUGGAAAAAGACAAAGUUCGCCGGCAAGACCAAGACGAUGCCGGAGGGAAUCGCGGACGUGGACAUGGCGCUCGACAAGACCCUGGUGUUCGACUAGGCUGCGCUUGCUGCGCUUGCUGCGUCUGUCCCCGUCGGUUAAUGCGAGAACAUGGUGCCGAUUAGCGACGAGGGCACGUGCAAGGCUCUAAAACGAACGAGACGCGGGGCGGGACUACAGAUCUUUCUGGAGGCCAUGAGAGAGGAGGUUGUUGGACACUACACAGCAGUGGCAUAUGGCAUGUUUGAGGGAGGUGUGUAAGUUGGGUACGGGUGUACAGGCAGUCAGACCGCUAUACAUGGACCUUCACAAGGUGCCUCAUGCCGGGGGUGCUCUACACCUGCUACUAGUAUAUUUUAUAAGCCAAGUACCAGCGCCGGGUAGAUAGUUUCGCAGUUGGUUGUGGGGGUUCGGUGGACGGGCACGUGCGAAAGACCAACACAAGUAGUUUUUCCGCAGGAAGGUUCUUCUCGCGAUUAUCGAUCGUGAUGUGUUCGUAGUUCGUUCGGAUCUCAACCCGACGUACCGGACAAUUUUUUAAUCCGUGUGAAUACUGCCAGCAAAAGUUUGUGGCGCUGUAGAUCACGUGCCAUGCGUUGAAAGUGAAACACGAUAGUAGCUUUUCAAGCCGAGAGUUUGCUUCAUAGGGCCCCCAGUGGUCCAGCCAUUGGGUGCUCUUGGUUCCCUUUUUAUCUUCUUGGGCGUGAUUCGCAGUCAUCAAGAGAUGGCCUGAGUUAUAGGAGCAGUCCCUCUCUGCACAUAAAACAACAGAAGAAAACCUGAGGUGGUGGUGCUCCGUUUGCAUGUUUUCUGUUUUCGUACACAGGCAGUGCUUUGAGCACUGGAGGAUUGGGAAAGAGGGGGGGGGAGGCUUGGUCGUGUGUUUUAAUGUCUUGCAUUUCCGCGUCCAAUCUUACCUCGUUUGCCCCGAGGAGACUAACACGCAUGGAGUACAGUUUGUACGAUAAGUGCGGGCGACACUGGUAGGAUUGGCGGGCGGCCGCGGCAUCAACGUGCGUUUGGUAAACCGUUGAGAUGAGUGUUGGAAGUGAGUGAGUAGUUAUUCGCACGGUCCUCCAAAAACAAAAACAGCUUUGGUGGGCAGGAAAAAUGCCCGUUUUAUUCGGUUGGGAAGUUCAUAGGAGAACGAGUACUUGUGGUCGGGGAGAUGAACCUGGACUGACUGUUUUAUUUACCCGCUGACAGUAGCACUAGACAUUCACACGCAGGAGGUGCGUUGUGCACGCUCCUCCCUCUCCUUUGGAAUUUUUUUUGGGGGGGUUAGACGAAGGUCGGGAUUUCACCGAGUCCACUUGGAGGAGGGGAGAGCUGUAGCUGAUUCAUGCGAUCAAUGAAUGGUCAAUGCCCGAAUUUUCGGGCAGAUUUAGAUAGUAUGUUGGAGUUCGCAACAGAGUGCAGCGCUGGGCGGUAUACUGCGCUUGCGCGAGAGAGCCGAAAAGAGUUUUGAUUCGACGGCUAUCCGCUCGCUUUUUGACCCUUUGGAGGGCAUGAUAUGAUAGGGGUAUGCACUGUUUUGAGUACGCUGAUCAGACAACGAGCACCCGACUUUUUGCCCCUUGGUCAGCCCAGAUAAUGCACAACUCCACAGCGGGGUUGGGGCACUCGUCAGCCACAAAUACGUUGGUUGGUCCAGUUGUGUCGAUGGUUCGUUUGAAUGUAGUCUUAUAGAUUCAGUGUCAACCCCCAGCAUCACGGCCAGAGGCACGUAUGGUGUGUACGAGAGCAGUGUGACUAACACUACAUUUUGUUCGCGGUGGUCUCAGGUUUGAAUAAACCUGUGCUUUUUGGUGUUGGUAAUGUAGCGAUUGGUUUGUACAUUGGGGGUACGAAGAUGUCCGCGUGUGUGCUCCGAUUCAUUAUGUUUCGUGGGAGCAAGACCAAAGGAUUUUCAUCGACUUGUAAGAAAAAAUCAGGAAGAGUUGAACAACAAAAAAAUUAGGUUAUCUUCGUGACAGGGUCGCGGACCCCCUGGUGCUAUUGAAUUGAACAACUGUCAGAGUAGUACUCUUGAGAGUAGAAGACGCUACAGGACAACUUGACUCCCCGAGGACCCGACAUCUCCCAGCUGUGUCUUGGGUCGAUAGCAAUCGC